CUGAGGUGAGUCCGCGGGAGCCGCCGCCGCCGCCGCCGUCCCGUCCCCGCCGCCGCCCCGCGCGGCCCCGCCGCCGGCCAGGAUGCUGGAAGAAGCGGGCGAGGUGCUGGAGAACAUGCUGAAGGCAUCGUGCCUGCCGCUCGGCUUCAUCGUCUUCCUGCCCGCCGUGCUGCUGCUCGUGGCGCCGCCGCUGCCGGCCGCCGACGCGGCGCACGAGUUCACCGUGUACCGCAUGCAGCAGUACGACCUGCAGGGGCAGCCCUACGGCACUCGGAAUGCAGUGCUCAACACGGAGGCCCGCACCAUCGACGCGGACGUGCUGAGUCGCCGCUGCGUGCUCAUGCGGCUGCUGGACUUCUCCUACGAGCAGUACCAGAAGGCCCUGCGGCAGUCGGCCGGCGCCGUGGUCAUCAUCCUGCCGCGAGCCAUGGCCGCUGUGCCCCAGGAUGUCAUGCGGCAAUUCAUGGAGACCGAACCUGAGAUGCUGGCCAUGGAGACCGUGGUCCCCGUGUACUUUGCCGUGGAGGACGAGGCCCUGCUGUCCAUCUACGAGCAGACGCAGGCUGCGUCCGCCGCCCAGGGCUCCGCCUCCGCCGCCGAAGUGCUGCUCCACACCGCCACGGCCAACGGCUUCCAGAUGGUCACCAGCGGGGUCCAGAGCAAGGCUGUGAGCGACUGGCUCAUCACCAGCGUGGAGGGCCGGCUGACCGGGCUGGGCGGAGAAGACCUUCCCACCAUCGUCAUCGUGGCCCACUAUGAUGCCUUCGGAGUGGCCCCUUGGCUGUCGCACGGUGCGGACUCGAACGGGAGCGGCAUCUCCGUGCUGCUGGAGCUGGCCCGCCUCUUCUCCAGGCUCUACACCUAUAAGCGCACCCACGCCGCGUUCAACCUCCUGUUCUUUGCUUCCGGAGGGGGCAAGUUCAACUACCAGGGGACCAAGCGCUGGCUGGAAGACAACCUGGACCACACGGACUCCAGCCUGCUCCAGGACAACGUGGCCUUCGUCCUGUGCCUGGACACCGUGGGCCGCGGGGACAGCCUGCACCUGCACGUGUCCAAGCCGCCCAGGGAGGGGACGCUGCAGCACGCCUUCCUGCGGGAGCUGGAGACGGUGGCCGCGCACCAGUUCCCGGAGGUGCGGUUCUCGAUGGUGCACAAGAAGAUCAACCUGGCGGAGGACAUCCUGGCCUGGGAGCACGAGCGCUUCGCCAUCCGCCGGCUGCCCGCCUUCACCCUGUCCCAUCUGGAGAGCCACCGGGACGGCCAGCGCAGCAGCAUCAUGGACGUGAGGUCCCGGGUCAACUCGAAGACUCUGACCCGCAACACCAGGCUCAUCGCGGAGGCCCUGACCCGAGUCAUCUACAACCUGACCGAGAAGGGCACCCCCCCGGACAUGCCGGUCUUCACGGAGCAGAUGCAGAUCCAGCAGGAGCAGCUGGACUCGGUGAUGGACUGGCUCACCCACCAGCCCCGGGCCGCGCAGCUGGUGGACAAGGACGGCCCGCUGCUCAGCACGCUGGCGCACUGCCUGAGCCGCUACCUGAAGGAGGUGAAGCAGCACCACAUCAAGGCCGACAAGCGGGACCCCGAGUUUGUCUUCUACGACCAGUUGAAGCAGGUGAUGAACGCAUACAGGGUCAAGCCAGCCAUCUUCGACCUGCUGUUGGCCGUCUGCAUCGGGGCCUACCUCGGGAUGGCCUACACGGCGGUCCAGCACUUCGACCUCCUGUACAGAACCGUUCAGAGACUGCUGGUGAAGGCCAAGACGCAGUGACGCGCCGCCCGCCGCCCCCUCCGCGCCGCAGCGGCCGGCACCCGAAUUACAGAGCUUGCCUGUGUGACACCCGGGGGACUCUUUCUCUUUUCUGUCCCGUGA